AUUACUAUUAAAGGAGCGGUUGGGGGAUCUUGUGCUUCAUCGUCACGCGGAAUCCCUACGAUCUCGUCUUCUGCAGACGAUCAUCAUGAGUUUCUGCAAAUGGGUUUCUCUUGUUUUGAUCAUUCACUUACUCAAUCCUUCGUCGAUUUCCUGUUCGUUUCCGCAAACCUCGAUUGGGUUAUCGCAAAUUCCCCAAAAGUUUCUAAAUUUGGCCCAAAGGGAUGAUUUUGUUGAUUGGAUGAUCGGAAUCAGAAGGAAACUCCACGAGAACCCAGAACUGGGCUACGAGGAAAUCGAGACAGGUAAGCUCAUCAGAGCUGAAUUGGAUAAGAUGGGUGUUUCUUACAAGUACCCAGUCGGCGUAACUGGCGUUGUUGGUUAUGUCGGGACCGGUCAGCCACCUUUCGUUGCGCUACGAACAGACAUGGAUGCUCUUUCUAUGCAGGAAAUGGUGGAAUGGGAAAGCAAGAGUAAGAUUCCCGGGAAAAUGCAUGCUUGUGGGCACGAUGCUCAUACGGCAAUGCUCCUCGGUGCUGCAAAACUGCUCAAAGAACACCAAGAAGAAUUGAAGGGUACAGUAGUUCUUGUUUUCCAACCAGCCGAGGAAGGUGGAGGAGGUGCAAAGAAAGUCAUGGAGAGUGGAGUAUUGGACAAUAUCGAUGCAAUAUUCGGUUUUCAUGUCUCAAAUCUCUUGAAAUUGGGUGAAGUGGCUUCCAGAGAAGGUCCAAUUUUGGCUGGGAGUGGCUUUUUCGAAGCCAAGAUUACCGGGAAAGGAGGCCAUGCAGCUAUUCCUCAGCACUCCAUCGACCCGAUAUUGGCUGCUUCUAAUGUGGUUGUAAGCUUACAACACCUAGUCUCACGUGAGGCCGACCCCCUCGACUCGCAGGUGGUCACAGUUGCCAAAUUUGAAGGAGGUGGAGCUUUUAAUGUGAUUCCAGACUCGGUUACAAUUGGUGGAACGUUCCGAGCCUUUUCAAAUGAAAGCUUUAAGCAACUCAAGAAACGGAUCGAGCAGGUUAUCACAAGGCAAGCCAGCGUUCAGAGGUGUAUUGCGACGGUGGAUUUUCUCGAGGAGGGUAAACCCUUUUUCCCCCCAACCGUGAACGAUAAAAACCUGCACGGUUUCUUCAAGAAGGUUGCGGGAGAAAUGCUGGGAACUGAGAAUUACUCUGAGAUGCAACCGCUGAUGGGAUCGGAGGAUUUCUCCUUCUACCAAGAAGCGAAACCCGGGUUGUUUUACUUUGUAGGAAUGCAGGAAGAGGGGAAACCACGGAUGGAGAACCUGCAUUCGCCUUAUUUCCGUGUGAACGAAGAAGCGAUCCCUUAUGGAGCUGCCCUGCAUGCAUCCCUGGCAGCUACAUAUCUCCUCGAGUCCCGAUCCGACGAUUCAUCGCCCCACCAGAGUUACAAGGAUGAACUUUGAACCCGUUUCCGGUCCUCUCUGGCUCACCUUCAUUCCGACAAGAUUGGCAUUAUCUCAUCCGUUAUAUAAAUAAACACGAAAUGAGUAUGUCCUGAACAAAUGCAUCAGAUAGGUUUUCAGGGAACUGAAGAAACGUAAACUUCGUCGAAAAGGAUCAGUGAUUAGGCCCUCAUUGUGAGAAUCUUGAGUGGUUCUUGUUUCUGUUUCUUUCCUAUUGAUUCUGGGAAGCUAAAAAAAUUAGAGAACUCAACUCUGAGAGAUUGUUCCGGGAUUCCGACAAAACACUUGUUCGGCCUUAGAUCGCAGCUUAUCUCGGGAUUUUUCUGGUA